UCAUACGCAACUCAUACUCACAGACGUCACUCGCGGCAACUGGCCAUGAACAAAAGAAAAAAAAACAUGCAAUGAAAUGGCUAUGUUUUUCUGCCUUGGUUUUUGAUUUUACGUUUUUUUUGGCUUGUCCAUUAGCGCGUGAGUGUGAUCUCACCCUUGGCUUCUUGAUUACGCAUUACUCACACGAACGGACCUUUUGGAUUAUACCUUUAUCCUUCUCCUCUGUUCGUCCCCUAGGAAGGAAUUUCAUUGCUUUCUGUCAAAAUAUCCAAAAAGCAACUGUCGACAUUUAGGAGCGGAUAAUCAAGAAGAAAGUAAAAAUCUAACGUCUUUUCGAUCUGUCAACUUUGGCACAGCAUGGUCAACCGCUGGUCCGUUCUCCCGGGAGGAACGCCAAAGGCCCGCAACGCUAUCGCUCCCGUCGAAUCCAGUCCCUCCCUUACACAGUCUGACUUUGAAAAGUUGACGCGCAUCUACGCGCUUGUCGCUCACCGAGCUCGCCGUCUCGCCAUCCUCCAUCGCCAUAAAGACAACAAGGCCCUCGUCACAUCCUACCAGGAACUCGUCAUCGACUGUCACUCCUUGCUCGCCCUCGUAGAAGAACGGUAUUUCCCGUCGCGUACCGAAAAGGGUGGGCAUCAGUUUGCAACAUGGUCCUCUCCGUCUGGGCAUCAUGCGAACGCACCAAGACCUGCGAGCGAUCUUAAAUUUCCUGGAGCAAAACAGUUGGCCUUGAUUCAAGCGGUUGGAACAUUAAAGGAUGCAUUAAAUACUUUGUCGCGUACCAUCCGGCGGAUAUCAUCUGGUACACCACCGCCAGGAAGCGAGAGCACCGCAAAAGGUGAACAAGACCCUCUCGAGCGGGAUCUCGCAACCGUCCUAACAUCAGCACGAUCGAUCCUGGAUGUUGCCAGCAAGUUUGAGCCUUCCCAAAGAAACGAUCAUCGGGCAUUGAACAAACGUGCAUCGUUGGGAUCGAUCUUCUCUCGCUUUGGCAAUGGCAAUGGCAACGGCAACACGAGCAACAGUAACAACAACAACCACAACAGCAACAGCAACAACAGCAGCACAAACAAACUCAAUCGAUCCUUUUCCGACCCAGUAACUGUAGAAGAGGCCCGUGAUGCAAACGGGUCGUCGGGAACAAACGUCAAAAAGACCUUGUCUCUCGCCAAAGAGUCUCGCAAACGUCGCAGCGGGCUAACCAGUGAACGCCCUACCAGUGAUCCUCUCUCAAAAGACUUUCGCAAUGCCCUGUCUGUAUUGUCUCAACUGACUACAGUGAUUGGCAGCAAUCUCCAAGAGUUUCGCCUUUUGCAGAGUAACAUUUCAAAUUCUUCCACGCCACUCGAUCAUAAACUCGUAAUGGAUAUGGAAGUACUGGAACGCUGUUACGAAGAUGCAUUAGAUCAGCUAGUACCGCUCAGCUCAUCCCUCGCGACACUAUGGGAACAAGCCUUUGUCGGCAGCAUCGGCGCCAUCCAGCGUCUACGCCAAUCAAACGCAGAAAAGGACCAGGAAAUGUCUCGUCUGACAAGGCAAUGCGAGGAAUUCCAAAAAAUGAACACAGCACUCUUGGAAGAGAAUACACUGCUGAAGCGCGAAAUGGAAUUCAUUCGUCGAACGGGCAUGGAACCCUGUGCGACCCCCAUGUCUGAGGACAUGCGCUCCAUAAUCUCCCUCCCCCUCCCUAGCCCCGCUCUCGAGCUGGAACUGGUUGAAACAGAUCUAGUCCCCAGCGCAAUGUCCUCUAUCGUCGUCUCACCCCCCGAACUCGACUAUGUGGAAAUCGUCGAGGAACAAACCAACCAUGCCGACGCGGUCGUUUUGAAUAGAUUGUACAGUGAAGUACGGGAAGCGCAGGCUUUGUUGGAUGAUGUGGAGAAGCGGAGGAGGAGUGUCAUGGGAUCUUUGGAUAGACCUGCUCGACCUAGAUCCGAAAAGGCGCUCACCUUGCCUCGUAUUGCAAGUUCUGCGCCCUUGUGGCACGAUUUUUUCCCUCAGGAUCCCAAAGCCAAGGCAUGUGUCAUUAUCCAAGCACGCUGGCGAGGCUAUAGGGCGCGGAAAACUUUCAAAGGCAUCAAACUCCGUUUGAUGAUUGUAAACGAAAUGCUCGACACGGAGGCAUCCUACGUGAAGGGCCUUCUGACCAUUCACAAGGAAUUUAUGAUUCCACUCAAAGAAGAAAUGAAUCAGAACAGCAGCAUUAUCAGUCGCAAGGAUUAUGACUGCAUCUUUCGGCACGUGGAAGAGAUUAUGGCGUUCAACCAGCUCUUGUUGGAUGAUUUGGUCGAGCGGGUGGCGUUUUGGCAUUUUGAGCAGGUUUUGGGGGAUAUUUUCAUUCGUGCUGCCGAAUCGAUGAAAAUAUAUGCGCACUUUGUCAACAAUUACGACCAAGCUGUCGAAACCCUUAACCGUGUCUCAGAAAAUCCAGCCUUUGAAAAAAAGCUACAGGAUAUCAGCAAAAACAUGGGCACCCGCGCCCCAAAUUUGACCGACCUCCUCAUCACACCAGUUCAACGUCCUCCUCGCUACCUUCUCAUGCUCAAGGAACUCUUGAAGCGUACACCAUCUACCCACCCCGACCAUAACUCCCUCACCACCGCUCUCCAGAAAAUGGAACGCACUGUCCAAAUCAUUAAUGAACGCAAAAAGCGGUUCGAGAUGAUGAAAAAGGUUCAGGACAUGGUUAUCGGGAGUCCAUUUGAACUCGUGACACCUGGCCGGUACCUAACCCACCAGGGCCCCCUUCUCGAACUAAAUGAUCAAGGACCCGCUGCCGACUCACGAACACUUCGUACCGUAUUUUUGUUUACGGAUUUGAUUGUGUGUGCUGAGGAAGUUGUCGUGUCUGGGGAAAAGAAGGCCGAGUUUCGGUGGGCGCUGCCGGUGGGUGAUGUGGUUGGGAUUCAGAGUGGAUCCAAACCGGAAGAUGGACUUUGUAUUCGUCUUUCAUGGAAGUCUACCACGUCUCUUGGUGUCAAAGUGUUCUACGCACUGGGAAGAGACGAACAUAAACAUUGGACAGCGAUCCUAAACUUUGCCCAAAAAAACUCUACAAAACUCGCACGCCAGUCCUCACUCCUUGGCACUGGUCUCAUUCUCCCACCCAGCGACGCCACUAAAACACAGCCUCUAACCCUUCAAAACCUCCAAACAACUCUCUCAACCCUCCAAUCCCAAAUCACGCACGAAACACAAUUAUUGAAUGGUUUUACUGUUCUUGAGAAUUUGGUGUCGCAGCGGGGAGAUAAAGGGGUUGGUAUGGUGCAUCGUCAGCGGGAUGAGUGUUUUAGGAGGUUGGGUGUUUUGAGGGGCGAGGUGUUGAGACGGGAGGUUUUGAGACGGGAGCUUGAGGGGUUGGAAUAGUGUUGUGGUUGUGGGUGAGAAGGGAUUUUGUAUAGGGUGAUUGAUACCAUUUGUGUUUGGAUUUUUUUUUAUAAUUUUUGGUAUUGGAUUUUUUUUGUUUUUGUAAAUGUAGUAUUUCAAUACAUUUGAAAGUGUUC